AUGGCUGCGAUUACGUCUCUCGCCCUUGGUGCGCCAAAAGAUCCGUACCCAGCGCCUUGUGGGAGAUCAGACCCAUCCGGUAUCUGCACGACCAAAGCGACUUGCUACAAGAAGGGCGGCUUCUAUGUUCAGCGCGACUGCACUUUCUACAACGUGCUCGACAUCGGUUGCUGCUACUCCAUUCCCGACGAGAAGAAAUGA